AUGGAGAAGGGGAUUGAUUUGGAGAUUAAUUUGGAGAUGGAAAGGAAGAUGAAGCCAAAUUUUGUGUCCAGUAUUGAGGGUUCGGGCAUGAGGCCCAAUGUAGUUGAUAUGAGAGGGAAGGGCCAACAGGAUCGAGGCCACUGUGGAUCAAUCCUUGUGAACAGUAUCAUUGCUUUGGUUCAUCUGGUUCCCAUUCCUCUGUGUGGGAACAAUGUUAUCGUGGGCAUGGAUUUGUUGAGCUCUAAUGGAGCAGUGAUCGACUGUGAGAAACAGUUGGUUCGGGUUCGGACCCUAAGUAGGGGAGAGUUGGUGAUUCAGGGUGAGAGACUGAAACAUGGGCUGAUUAUGUGUUCUGCAGCAAGGGCUAGAAGUUAUCUUCAUCAGGGUUGUUCUGCUUUUGUCGCCUAUAUCAUGGAUACUAGAGAUUUGGGUAAGGCAAUUGUGGAUGAUGUGCCGAUCGUGCGGGAUUAUCCGGAUGUGUUCCCGAAGGAUUUGCUAGGGGUACCUCCGGAGAGUCAAAGGGAUUUCAGGAUUGAUUUGGUUCCAGGUGCGACUCCGAUAGUCAAAGCAUUGUAUCGGUUGGUGUGA